AUGGUUGCCUUGGAGGGAAGCAGGGUGACAAGCGAAGGCUCAACCGCCAGGCGAGACUUCGAAGAGAUCAAGACCUCCAUCGCGCUCGAACAAUCUCUAGUAGUUAAGCGUGAGACUAAACCAUGGUUCAGACUUAUUCUCGGCGUCGCCGUUCAAGCCAUGCAGCAAUUGACUGGCAUCAACAUAAUCUGCUACUAUCUACCUUAUGUUCUUACCGAAUCCGUCGGCCUGGAUGGAUCUAGGGCCCGCCUGCUCGCCGCAGUCAACGCUAUGACGUAUCUUGGCUCCACAUUCGUUGGCCUCGCUUUCGUUGAACGCUGGGGUAGGAGAAGACUAAUGAUGUAUGGUGCACUUGGUCAAUGCUGCUGCUGGCUCGCCAUAACGCUCCUCCUGGGCUCUGCAUCCACGGCGGGCCUCCGCUCUACCCGCCAGCAGCAGCUCGGCAGCGCUGCUGUGCUGUUUUUCUUUCUCUUCAACUUCUUUUUCGGCGCUAGCUGGCAAGGCGUGUCAUGGCUUUACCCUACGGAGAUCAACAGCACCCAGAACCGUAUCUCCGGCAUGUCGUAUGGAGUUGCCACCAAUUGGCUCAUCAACUUCGGUGUGGUUUUCGUUACCCCGUUAGGCAUCGCAAGCCUUGGAUCACAAUUCUACGUCAUUUGGACCGUCCUCAACGGCCUAAUGGUGCCAAUUAUCUACCUGUUCUACCCCGAAACCGCAGGACGCUCUCUUGAAGAUAUCGACGGAAUGUUCGAAGCGCAUCCCACGGUCUGGGUCUUUAUGAACAAGAGCAUGACUGCGCGGAAAGCAGCAACUUCAAACGGUAGCCAGGACAGUGGGGAGAAUAUAUCGACCUUCCGGACAGCAGAACAUGUCGUGACAUUUUCUAGAAACGUUAGUGCACUUGAGCUCGCACCUCUUGCGAACCUGCGGCAUCGUCAGCCCGGCGGGGGUCCGACUCCUUUGGGAAGCAUGACGCCUGUGCAGAAUGGGGCCACGCUUGCGGAAGAUAGGACGGUGGCAGACAACGCGGCUGGAGCUAUGGAAAAUGGGACCGAAGCUGUGAAAGAAGACGAGGAUGCGGACGUCGUAUCGUUACAGUUGGCGCCGAGGGCUACAGUGCUUUCAGUGUCGGCAUCGCCUCUAGGACCACAGACUUCGUCUACGGCAUUGCUCUGA